CGGGUUAAAAAUGUUUCAUUGUGCAUGUAUGGAUUUAUACUCGCUAGAAGUAUCAGAUUUCAUGUCAUUAUGCGUCAUGAAUGCGGGUCGCCAUUUUGAUAGUAAAUAGCGUGUGUUAAGUUCAUCUCAAGUUUCCAUGUGGUUUAAUGUCGAAAUAUAGUUCAUUGAACUAAUGUUUAAUGUGAACAUAUAUAUACACCCGACUUCAGAUAAAGAUGCUAAUAUCUGGAUGUUAAAAUCUGAUUAAAAUUAUAGGCCAAGGUGAUGUUCUUACUAAUCUAAAGUGUCACGUUGUUCUGCCGAGGAGAAUGCAUUCGGUGGUAAGGGUCUAACAAGGACAAAUUACGGAAUGAGCAGCAUGAAAUAAGUGUAAAGACUGGAAUGAGCAGCAUGAAAUAACUGUAGAUACUGGAAUGACCAGCAUGAAAUAAGUGUAACGACUGGAAUGAGCAGCAUGAAAUAAGUGUAAAGACUGGAAUGAGCAGCAUGAAAUAAGUGUAAAGACUGGAAUGAGCAGCAUGAAAUAACUGUAGAUACUGGAAUGAGCAGCAUGAAAUAAGUGUAAAGACUGGAAUGAGCAGCAUGAAAUAAGUGUAAAGACUGGAAUAAGCUGCAUGAAAUAAGUGUGAAGACUGGAAUGAGCAGCAUGAAAUAAGUGUAAAGACUGGAAUGAGCAGCAUGAAAUAAGGGUAAAGACUGGAAUGAGCAGCAUGAAAUAAGUGUAAAGACUAGAAUAUGCAGCAUGAAAUAAGUGUAAAGACUGGAAUGAGCAGCAUAAAAUAAGUGUAAAGACUGGAAUGUGCAGCAUUAAAUAAGUGUAAAUACUAAAAUUAGUAGCAUGAAAUAACUGGAAAUACUGGAAUGAGCAGUAUGAAAUAACUGUUAAGACUGGAAUGAGCAGCAUGAAAUAAGUGUAAAGACUAGAAUAUGCAGCAUGAAAUAAGUGUAAAGACUGGAAUGAGCAGCAUAAAAUACUUGUAAAUACUUGAAUGUGCAGAAUUAAAUAAGUGUAAGUACUAGAAUUUGCAGCAUAAAAUAAGUGUAAAGACUGGAAUGAGCAGCAUUAAAUAACUGUAAAUACUGGAAUGAGCCGCAUGAAAUAACUGUAAAUACUGGAAUUAGCAGCAUGAAAUAAGUGUAAAUACUGGAAUGAGCAGCAUGAAAUAAGUGUAAAGACUGGAAUGUGCAGCAUGAAAUAACUCUAAAGAAUAGACUGAGCACCAUGACAUAACUGCAAAGAUUAGACUGAUCAGCAUGAAAUAACUGUAAAUAAUGGAAUGAGCAGCAUGAAAUAACUGUAAAUAAUGGAAUGAGCAGCAUGAAAAAAGUAUUAAGACUGGAAUGUGCAGCAUGAAAUAAGUGUAAAGAAUUGAUUGAACAUCAUGAACUAAGUUUAAAGCAUAAAACGAGCAACAUUAAAUAUUUUUUUAUGAAUGGAAUUGUCAGCAUCAACUAAAUGAAGUACAUCUCAAAAAUACAAAAACAAAUCGUAUAAGGCACACGGGCAAAACACACAGACUCAGAUCGUAUAUUAUAUUAAACUGAAGUUAACCGUACAUGUUUGAGUUUUCGCCUUGGAAUGGUCAGUGGAGAAAAUUGUUUACUUUACAUAUACAAGGUUCAAAAUAAGUUUUAAAAAUAUGGGUUUCGUGUUAUUUGACAUGCUGUCUAACUGUUAUAGAGAUGUAACUCACUUUAAGCUCCUUAACAAAUGUAACAAGAAAGUGUUUGCAACAAUAAUUGUAUUGAGUACACUGAUACUUUGUCUUGGAAUGCAUAAUAUGGUGUAUGAUAAUAUAUCUCACCCUGGUGAAGUAACGAAGACAGACUUUAGUGAACAUAUCAGACAUUGGAACGUGAGCUACUGGAAACCAAAGCAAACAAAACGUAUUCUGAUGUGGACACCUUUUUUCUCUACAAACACAAGCAAGGCAGCUGAAGGAUUUAACAAGGGAUUCAAAUUGUGUAAUAAAAAGUGUAUAGCUACUGAUGUCAAGGAUGAGAUAAGUGUUUCGGAUGCUGUGAUAUUUCAUGCAUCAGACAUCUGGAAACAUCGAGGAAUCGUAACAAACAUUUUGGAUCAAGGAAUAGAGUUCCCUGCUGUUCACAAACCAGAACAAGUAUGGGUGUUUUAUAGCAUGGAGCCGGUUACAAAAAUGUACGGUACCAUUAAACCAAACACUUUCAACUGGACCAUGUACUUAAGAAGAGAAUCAACAAUACUCACAUCAUAUUCCGCAUAUCGUAAAAAGCUACCAGAAGAGAUGGCUAAGCCUUCAACAUUGACUGAGGAAAUACCUAACUAUUUUAAGACAAAAACCAAGUUUGCAGCUACAGUUGUUUCCAACUGUUAUCCUCCAUUUCAGCGUUAUCGUGUCAUAGAAGAACUUCAAAAGCACGUUGACUUGAACUAUUACGGCAGAUGUUCAGGAAAGUCGCCGCUACCUGCCGAAUUCAUUAAAAAUGAUGUAAGAGAAGAAUUGUUGAAGGAUUUCAAAUUCUACAUAGCUUUGGAAAAUAGUAUAUGUCGUGAUUAUAUUUCUGAAAAAUUCUGGAACGCCUUAGAUAGGAGACAGAUACCGGUGAUAGCUGCGCCAAAGUACAACUUGGAACUACUGCCUGAGCAUUCUUAUUUAAACCUCUUUGAUUUUGAGAAUGUCAAAGACCUGGCAGAGAAGAUGGAAGAAAUUGGUAAUAAUGAAACUCUUUAUAACAGUUUCUUUGAUUGGACAAGCACAUGGAGUCGGCGAACUGGCAGUUCUGAGUGUGCACUAUGCGAAGAACUACACAAAAAUAAGACAGCUCAAGUUUACGAUAUAGAUGCAUGGUUAAACGACGAUCUCUGUCAAAAGCCGACGGUACUGGGUAUAGCGAACAACUUUGUUUCGAGUGUGUUGCACGACUUUGGAUUGUGAAUACUGCGGAAGUUCAACUUUUCAUGAAUCUUGAGAGUGAAACCACGAUUCCGUCCUUAUACAGUCAAACCCCAUUGGCUCGAACUCCCAGGGACCGGCGAAAAUACAUCGCGCCUCGGAAAAUUCGACCCAAGCGGUAAUGCUUACAUUAAUUAGAAACAGUCGGUCCUUUACAACCAGUUCGAGCCAACAAGAUAAUCAAGGCCAAGCGCGUUCGAACCAACGGGGUUCGACUAUACUUCUACUUUUGUGAUAUCUGAAUGCUUACCAUAUGUAACAUGUUCCCUUAACUCACCAUUUUUUAUAUAUUUUUCUUUCUUUGUUCUACUCAUAUUUUUCAAAAUAGACUUUGUCAUACUUGUUUCUCAUAUAAAAAAAACAUAUUUAUUUUCACUCUUACUAUACUAUGAUCUUUGCACUUGAAUUUGUACCAUACAAUUUUGCUAUGACAACUGCUACCAUUCAAUGUUCACCUCAAGGAGAGGAAUUAACAUAUUUAUGCCAAACUUGUCUACCUAUCCCUUAUUCAUUUUGUACUUGUUGUUCAAAUGUGAUUUUACACAAAUAAAGAUGUUGAAACUAACUAAA